AUGGCGUCUUCUUGUUCUUCAUCAUCAUCAUCACUGGCAGCUCUGAAAUCAAACAAAUUCCUAAUUCCAUCUCAUUUUCGAUCUCAACCCCAAUUUCAAUAUGGUUACCGCAUGUCCUCUCUUCCCAUUCCGUUUAAAGGACCCACAACAACUCCAUCUUCAUCAUCAGUGGUGCUCAGAAUAAGAAGGAAAGGAAGAAAUGCAUGCCUUAUUUCCAGAGUUAAAGCCCAGAGUUCCACUUCCACCACAGAUUUUGUGCCGGAGGCUAAUUUUUACAAAGUUGAAGCUAUUCUGAGACCUUGGAGAGUUCCGCAGGUUUCUUCGGCAUUAUUGAGGAUGGGCAUUCGAGGGGUGACAAUUUCUGAUGUUCGUGGCUUUGGUGCUCAAGGAGGCUUGACUGAAAGACAAGCUGGAUCCGAGUUUGCUGAAGAUAAUUUUGUGGCAAAAGUCAAGAUGGAGAUUGUUGUUAGCAAGGACCAGGUUGAUGCCGUCAUAGAAAAAAUCAUUGAAGAAGCAAGGACUGGUGAAAUUGGCGACGGGAAAAUCUUUGUUAUUCCUGUUGCUGAUGUUAUUCGAGUUCGAACAGGCGAGCGAGGAGAGAAAGCUGAGAGAAUGAAGGGAGGGCGGGCUGAUAUGAUCUCUGCUGCAUCGCCACUGGCUUAA